AUGAAAUUAUAAAUAUUUCUUGGAAAACUAUUAACAUGUCUAAUUUUGAUUUUCGAAGGAAUGCAAAUGAUCGAUUUACCUAUAAAAGUGUUAUCCAAUUUUAUAAAUCAUCACUAAUUCAUUUGGAGAUUAGGCGAAUAAUUUUUUAUCGAGAAUUUCUCGGAAGAUAAUAAUCCUUUUUCUGGGGAAUAAAAUUAUAAAUUCUUUGUCAUUACAUUGAUAUAAGGUCUGGGGGGUUUGUAAAUAUUGUUGGCUACAUUUAUAUUUUUUGGGAAAUCUUGGGCUAGUGCUAUUUAAAUUGGAAUAAUUUUAAUGAAAUCAUAUUAAGGAAUUGGAGAAUAUAGUAUUUAAGAAUUAAUAUAUACGAUGGGAAGAAUAGGAAGUUUAAUGAUAUGAUUUUCUUAAAAUAAUAUGCAUGCAUAUAUUAGUAUAAUAUUAAAAACUAUAUAAGAUGAGUUACUUUUCUUAUAUUUGUUGUUUUUCAUUACUGCAGAAGUUAAUAAAUUAAAGGAACCACGAUAUGCUGCUGGAUGUUUGGCUAAUAGAUAUCCCUCUUUUUUAUUGAUACAUGGAAGUCAGAGAUUUAGAAUAUGUUUACCUUCCUUCUUUUUAUUGGAUUAUUCUUUUGAGUCCUCAUUUCAUCAAGGACUAUACUAUUAUUAAUUAAGAAUUGGUUUUGCUGAAAUUUUAUGCGGUUUCUUGGUCAUCAUGAAUUUUAGAUGUGCAGGAUAAUUAUUUUCCUUUUUCACAUUAUUCUUUGUAACUGUUAUUCACAAUCUCUACCUUCAUGCAGCAAAAUAAGAGUCAAUAAACAAAGAUUGA